ACGCAUUGCAUUUCAAAGCGGACGUGGAGGCAGAAACACGCCGAUCACGCAACUUGAACGUACCUGCUACACCAGAGAAGAAGGCAGUAUUACAGCAUUCACGAUGACCGUGCCGGCGUUUGAAACCACAUUUGCAGUGCCUAUGACCUGCGAGGCUUGCAUCAAGGACAUCGAAGGGUCCCUCAGCAGCUUGAGUGGUAUCAACAAGAUCACCGCUAAUCUCAAGGAACAACUUGUCUCGAUCGAGGGUACAGCAGCACCAUCAGCUAUUGUUGAUGCUCUGCAAGCAAGCGGGCGAGAUGCCAUCCUUCGUGGAUCCGGAAAGUCGAACAGCGCCGCUGUCUGUAUCCUAGAAUCACAUGCCGCUCAUGUCGAAAACAAGGUACGCGGUCUUGUCCGCAUGGUCGAAGUUGCACCUAGCAUGACCAUUGUCGAUCUGAGUAUUCGUGGACUGUCGCCGGGUACUUACCACGCCACUGUCCGCGAAGCUGGCGAUAUCUCAGAAGGCCCAGAGUCGACCGGUGGUAUCUGGGAAGCGCUGAACGUCAAGAAGGAGGACAAGCCCUGCCGAGGCAUCUUCGGCACUGUCGAGGUAGGAAAAGGCGGCGUUGGCUCUGUCUUCCUAGACAGGCCAAUUGAGAUCUGGGAGAUGAUUGGGAGAAGCAUCGUCGUCGCGAGGCAGCAGGAUGGAAAGUUCGACAAGAACGACCCAGACACAUUAGUUGGCGUUAUCGCACGAAGUGCUGGCGUGUGGGACAACGACAAAACAGUUUGCUCUUGCUCAGGCAAGACAGUAUGGCAAGAGAGAGAGGAACAGCGCGAUCGCGGCAUGUUGUGAGUGCUACGAUACUGAAUAGAUGAUAGAUGAUGCCCAGAAUGAUAGCAAAGUCAAACAUCCAUGGCCGAA